AUGUUUUAAGGAUAUUGGGUAUGUUAUAAGGAUAUAGGGGUAUGUGAUAGGGAUAUGGGGAAUGUUAUAAGGAUAUUGGGAAUGUUAUAGGGUUAUAGGGGUAUGUGAUAUGGAUAUGGGAGAAUGUUAUAAAGAUAUGGGGUAUGUUUUGAGUAUACUGGUGUAUGGGCAUGUUAUAGGGAUUAUGUAGAUAUUGGGGCUGGACGAUAUGAUUAUGUGAUUUUUAUGUUUUGAUAAAUAACGUGAUACUGUGACAUCCAUUUCUUUAUUUUGACUGACAUGGUGGUGUGGCAGGGUUGGCAGUGCAUCCGUUUACUGUUGGAUGUUUUAAUCACUGUUGGGCACCAAAAAUAUAUAUCUAAAAAAUACCUUAAAGUGUCCUGUGGUGAGAAUUUAUGAUGACGAAGGACUAGAGUCAUCAUGGUACCACUCCUCCAGUUAUUUUCUUUAUCAGUGUUGAGCUACAGAUCAUCAUGCUCUCUCUUCUAUACAUAAUUGUUUUAGACUGGGGAUGAUUUGCGGAUUCUGAAAUGGCCAAAAUGUACCAUCGGGAGAAGAGCAUUCAGCUAAAGAGCAGUGCUUCAGCGCUCUACAACAACCUGAGUGUGCUGCGCCUGGCACCACGUUCUCUCACCCAUUUUGCUGUAGUGCAUGCCAAUGUCGUAAACCUAGUGAGUGCAUCCUGGGAUGGACUCAACUACUCACACCGGCAGCUGCAGUCCAAAGAGGGAAACAUGGCCACCAGCUCCUCACUCAUUAUGCAGGCAGCUUGGUGUGUACUGCCAUCUAGAGAUCUGCUUGUUGUUGCUUCUCAGAAAGGGAUUCAGAUGUUUGAGUCUGAUGGAUCCAUUAUGGUGUACUGGCAUGCACUAGAUACCCCAGAGACACCCACAGCUAAGGCAAUUUUUGCACGGGGGAUUGCAGCUGUAAAAGACAAAUACAUCUGUGUAGGGGUCUCUUCUGGGGCAGUUCUGGUGUUUGACAUUCCUAGUAAAGGAAGCAACAUCACAUUGUCUGAAGUUCUGGAGGAACACACUGAGGCUGUCACAGACAUCGGGUUGGAGUGCUCAGGCAGUGCGGAGUACAUAGCUGAUAUGGUGAGUGCUGAUGACUCAGGACUUUUGUGUGUAUGGAAGUCUGAAGGGGAUUUCCAGCUUCUCAACAAGAUCCCUGGAUUUGAUAUAAGCUGUUCAUCGGUAAAGCUGUGGAAAGGCAUGGUCAUAGCUGCCUACGGCACGGGCCAAAUCCGCCUCUACGAGGGUGUCACUGGAAUACUACACGCUGAGAUUAAUGCCCAUACUCGCUGGAUCUACUCCCUUGAUAUUGCUCCUUUCACUGGACUGCUGCUCUCCGCUGCCGAGGACUCUUUUGUGCGUGUGUGGCAUUUAAACACAGUCCCAGAAAACAACAGUGUGGAGAUCGAACACCUUUACAAUGAAUGUGUGACUGACACUCAGAUUUGUGGCGCUAAGUUCUGCGAUGGUGACGGCUACGCUUUCGCUGUCACAGGCUAUGACCUAAGUGAGAUCAUCCGCUACACACAGGCAUAAGUGACUCCUUCCAGUUCUCAUGCUUCUAUUGUGGAACUUUUACAAAAGACACAGCACUUGGCUGGUGCAGGUUUUUGUUCCACUGCAAGUUGGCACAUUACAGGGUCAGUGAAGCUGGCCAGACUGACUGUCAGCAAUGCCUUGUGUUGUCUGUACAGUAUUGUAAGCUGACCAUGAGUUUAACACAGACCUGUGAAAGCCAUCGCUUUGCUCUCAAUGCAGCCAUUUGGUCUGAUUUAAUCUUGUUAGAACUUUUUUGAGUGAGACCUUUCAAUCAAAUCUCUUUUGGAGAAGAAAGAAAUGUUUAUGUGGUGUGUACUGUUGAGUGUAAAACUUUACAUUCCUAUUAGGACAGAAUAAAGAAGACAGAGAUGUUAUAUAAAUAUAAUUUUUUUCUAAAAUGUUCAUUGUGUAUCUAUCUAUCUAUCUAUCUAUCUAUCUAUCUAUCUAUCUAUCUAUCUAUCUAUCUAUCUAUCUAUCUCGCUCUCUUUCU